AUGUCUUCAACACUUUUAAAAGUAGCAAUUAUUGGAGAGGGAGUUAUAGGAGUGAGUACAGCUUUGGCUAUACGUCAAGCAUUACCUAAAGCUGUGGAAAAAGCAUUUGGUAGUAUUGUUUACAAUUUUCGAUGGCUAACUCAACGUGAACUUUCUUUGAUUUGUGCAAAACCGGCAAAAUUUGGUAUUCAUUAUACAGCAUAUGCUGCUGAAGGCCGACGUUUUGUGUCCUAUUUAAAAAACCAACUUGGCAAUACUGUGGAAUACAAAACUCAAAAAAUUGAAUCGAUUAAAGAACUUGCAAAUCAAGACUUUUCAUUAAUUGUAAAUUGUGCUGGUUUAGGAGGUGGAAAAUUAGCUGGGGAUGAUGAAAAUGUUUUCCCAAAUCGUGGAGUUGGAAUUGUUGUGAAAGCUCCGGGACAAUCACAUUUUUGCUAUGAAGAUGCAGAUACUUUUUGUAUUCCAGUUGUUGGUGAUGACCGCGUUUUGUUAGGUACUUUACGUCAAGAUAAUCGUUGGGAUAGAGAAAUUAGUAGAGAAGAUAUAAAUGAUAUUUGGACAAGAGUAACAGAAUUAAAGCCUUCACUUAAACAUUCAGAGGUUGUAAGUGAAUGGUGUGGAUUACGUCCAGAUCGUAAGGGAGGCGUUAGACUGGAACAUAAAUUGCUAGAAGAUGACAAAACAAAUAAACAGAUUCAUGUAAUUCAUAAUUAUGGACAUGGCGCAAAAGGAUUUUUAUUGAGUUGGGGAUGUGCAAGAGAAGUAUUGGAAUUAAUAAAGAAUAAUGGAAUCUGUGAAUAAA